GCGCGGGGCGGCGGCGGGGGCGCCAUGGCGGCGCCGGGUGGCGGGCCCUGAGCGCCGCGGCGGGCGCGCACCAUGAACUCGUGGGACGCGGGCCUGGCGGGGCUGCUGGUGGGCACGAUGGGCGUCUCGCUGCUGUCCAACGCGCUGGUGCUGCUGUGCCUGCUGCACAGCGCCGACAUCCGCCGCCAGGCGCCGGCGCUCUUCACCCUCAACCUCACGUGCGGCAACCUGCUGUGCACCGUGCUCAACAUGCCGCUCACGCUGGCCGGCGUCGUGGCGCAGCGGCAGCCCGCAGGGGACCGCCUGUGCCGCCUGGCCGCCUUCCUCGACACCUUCCUGGCCACCAACUCCAUGCUCAGCAUGGCGGCGCUCAGCAUCGACCGCUGGGUGGCCGUGGUCUUCCCGCUGAGCUACCGCGCCAAGAUGCGCCUCCGCGACGCCGCGCUCAUGGUGGCCUACACGUGGCUGCACGCGCUCGCCUUCCCCGCCGCCGCGCUCGCCCUGUCCUGGCUCGGCUUCCACCAGCUGUACGCGUCGUGCACGCUGUGCAGCCGGCGGCCGGACGAGCGCCUGCGCUUCGCCGUCUUCACGGGCGCCUUCCACGCGCUCAGCUUCCUGCUGUCCUUUGUCGUGCUCUGCUGCACGUACCUCAAGGUGCUCAAGGUGGCUCGCUUCCACUGCAAGCGCAUCGACGUGAUCACCAUGCAGACGCUCGUGCUGCUCGUGGACAUCCACCCCAGUGUGCGGGAGCGCUGUCUGGAGGAGCAGAAAAGGAGGCGGCAGCGUGCCACCAAGAAGAUCAGCACCUUCAUAGGGACCUUCCUCGUAUGCUUCGCACCCUACGUGAUCACCAGGCUGGUGGAGCUGUCUUCCUCGGUGCCCAUCGGCUCCCACUGGGGGGUGCUGUCCAAGUGCUUGGCCUACAGCAAGGCCGCGUCGGACCCCUUCGUGUACUCCUUACUGCGACACCAGUACCGCAAAAGCUGCAAAGAGAUCCUGAACAGGAUCCUCCACAGACGCUCCCUCCACUCCUCGGGCCUCACGGGCGACUCCCACAGCCAGAACAUUCUGCCAGUCUCCGAGUGAAGGACGCCGCUCUUGCUGGAGACAGAGGAAUGAGACAGUUGGUGAGAAGCGGGAAGGGAGGGCUCGGGGUCCUGGGCUGACUCCUCCAGCUGCCACCCCCCUGGCCGGCCCAGCGAUGCCUGCUCCCUGGUUCCUCAAGGGCAGAGGUUGGACCGUCCCUGUUUUGCACCAAAGGAUGACCAUGGUUACUCGCUCUGGGCUUUCCUUUCAGAGGAGCUCCUUUGAGCUCCUGGACUCAACCAGAGACUCCCCAGGAGUGACGCCAAGUCUGGUCACGAUCAAGGACACGCAGCGCUGGUGGCAGGUGGGGAAGCAUGGCGUCCACCUGCUCCCUAACCACUGGGCGUUGGGCUCCACGCUGAAGAGUGGUGGUGGUCUCCAUGGGACGUGAGUCAUGCUGAACGUGAGGUUGGCAGCGGCCUUUUGGCCUUACCUCCAGCAUGGCUGCUCUUCUCCACGUGGUCGUGGUGGUGGCUUUAACCCAAAUCUCAUCCAGCUGGUAGUCACCAAAUUGUGCUCAGCUGGGACUCGGGACCCUGAGUCCCAGGGGAAAAUGUUGAACGACUUGCUGCUGCCCCAAUGUGGCCGAGCCGUGGUCUUAGAAAUGGUUCUGUUGGGUUGAACUCUGGUCCCCCAUGUGUCCACAAGAGCUAACAUUUGUGUGUGUAGACAAUCUUAGCCUGAAAAUGGUUUAAACAGGCAGUCACCUUCUUCUGAUUCACCCGUCCUAACCGCUGGAGCCAAGGAGAGGCAGGAGGAAGGAGGCUGCCUGGUGCCCCCACCCCUGGUUGUGACCUGAAUUUGCAGGAGGCCCUUCACCUCCUCCAGCCCGUCCUGUGAGAGGCCCCUACAAGAACUGACCCGAGCAGGGGUUCGAUGGGUUUGAUAUUGGUUGUAAGGCCCUGGGCUCCAUGAUCCCAGUGGCUACACAUCUGGUCUCUGUGAGUCUAUCAGCAGAAAGUGGAGGCUGUUCCAGGUGAUCAAGAAUGUGCCCUGUGCUAGUGAAGGGAGGGUGACAUUUUUAUGGAAAAUGAUCGCUUCGAUAUCUCUGCCAAACCAUUAGCAGCUCCAUCUUGAUUUACGGAAAGCCAAGGUGAGUGGGCCGUGCUCUCUGCCCAUCUGUCUUUGUUUAUCAUUUCAGAUAAUAUGUGAAUGCCAAGAGGGUUAUUUCUCUGUCCUCUGUUCUGAUGCCUCUGGGGUAGAAAGGACGGGGAGCCACAGACUCUGAUGGCUCGUCUCUUCAGCUCUCUGUGUCCUAGCUUUGGAAGUACAGGGGGAGGACACUGUCUAGCACAGACCAAGUGGCAAGAGUCUAACAUUUUUUACUGCCGAGAGCCCCAGUAUGGAAAGACAGAGAAGUGUUGUGCACAUUUCCUUGAAAAGAUGUUGUGGAACUUACCUUAGCUUCCCAUUUAGAAAAGAGAUAGCUGAGCCCAGCCUAGUCUUGCCUACUCCAGGUUUUCAUGGGACAGACAUGGCCUCCCAGGCCUUGGCGCCUGUCAGUUCUAGUUGGAGGUGUGCUCACACUGCCUGGAGGAGCCCGUGGGGCACAUCCCUCCCCAGCUCCGUGUUGAGGGACAUCACGUUGGUAGCUUGAAAUCAGCCAUGAUGGGAAUACUUAUGCCAAGAAAAUCAGCAAAAUCUAAAACAAGGACUUCCGCCCUGAGAGCCGGUGGUCCAGCGUACCCCAGCACACCACUGCCCAGACAUGACUUUGUGCUCUGAUUCACAGCACAUUCGUUUGAAUCAAGUUUGAAUCACAGCAGACAUUUAUUUUAGUGGAACUUUCCUAGUGACAAGCAGCUGUUCACGCCCACCCCACGGUCCCAACCCCAAAAGUACCAAUGAGGUUGCAAACAAGAAUGGAGCCAAGAAGGUAGGCACAAUUGAAUCCUACAAUCUCCCUUUCAAUGCAAAUAUUCUCCAAAUUGGGCGACAGAGGAGUAGUGACCUAGUAGAUGAGGCUAAUAGACAGUCAAGUUCAAGCAACAACCUUGUUUUCAUCCGAGUUGGGGAAUGACUAUGUCAAAUUCUCUUUCUUCUUGUCCUGUGUAUGCGACCUGUUAUACUCCCAGAGGCAAAUGGAUCUCUUUCACCUCUUCCUGAGCUAAAAAACAAACAAACAAAAACCAAAAGAUCUCUCACCCACAAUACCACGAAUCUUAGAAAGAUACAUAUCAUAAUUUUUGCCAAGCUCCUAGGACUGCUAAAGUAAAAACACACACCAUAAAACCAGUUGUGUUGGCAUCAUGUAGACAAAAGACCAAAGAAGUCAGCCGAGGGGGUGUUUUCACUAUUGUCUAGACAGGCAUUCAGAGUCAAGGAGAAGCAAGGAGAAAGCAUUAGCGGUCAGCACCGACCAGCUCAGCUGUAAUUACCUUUAGAUGAGUGUUGGUGUUCAUCGAUACCCAGUCUAUAAAAUUCUCCCCUGGCUUCGUUAUUCCCAGGUGAAUUAUCUACCUCAUUUGCUAAUUUAAUUUAUCAAACGCAACAUGGGUUUCUCAGGUAAAACACUCAGAAACAGCGAGAUCAGCGGGUCUGGGAACACUUACUUGACUUCAGUCUAGCAUCAGGCUCGAUGUGUAAGGCCCAGACUCUGGUGGACGCUGGAUCAGGUGGGAAAGAGCUUCAGGAAGCUUGGAACUGAAGCCUGGCCUGGGUGAGGGGCGGGGUCUGAUUCCUGCCCCUCCCCCCCCACCAGGGCUCUGUCUCUAGCCCUACACAAGCAGAAAUAUAGAUUUAAUUCCUGCCCUGGGAGGCUUUUUCAGUCACCCUGCAACUACUCUAGCUUUUUCUUGCACUUCCUCUAGAAGGAGAAGACACCAGAGCCCUAGGACCCUACCUGAGGGACCACCAGCUCAGGUGAGGGUCCUGGCAUCUGGGGUUUGUGUGUCUCAUGGUCAGCUGACCUCCGGGAGCGAUGUCGCUAAG